AUGAACCGCCGAAUCAUCCGAACGAUCAUCCAGCUCGGCAUAUUAACAGUCACCGUUGUUGUCUUUGUUGUCAUUCUCGAUAGCCAGAUACGGGUCCUUCCAGCGUCAAUACAUGACCAUUUGCCGUCCCAUCACCCGGGCCUUGUUGUUACUGAACUGACGGUCACCACCUGCUCUGCCUUAAAUGUCUUUUCAAGCUGCACACUCGAUCCUAAAGUAUGGCAUCGUAUAGAAAAAGACCUGUACCUUGGUCAAGGGUGGACUUCGAAGGCGUAUCUGCAUAUACAGCGGAAGAAAGGGGAUGAGAUUCUUCCCACAGAUAAAAUUGUUGUUGAUGUGAAAAUGGGCCGACUGGACCCCGGUGCCGGAACUGAUAAAAAAUGGGAAUCACGACCUGGAGGCAUUUGGAUACUCAGGCUACCACAUUCUACCGACUCGCAAAAAUCGAUAACGUCAGUCGAUGUUCUGUUUGGCCCCGACGCUGUCGACCCUCGGCCUAAUUGGGAAUUAAAAGACAUCCCUCUCAUGCUAGACUCUAAGAGCGAAGCAAGGCUGACUGUACGGCGAGGACAAGCCAGAAAGAUUGAACCACCAGUUCCACGAAUUCGGAAGGAUGGAAAGUUCAAAAUUAUGCAAGCGGCAGAUCUACAUCUGGCUACAGGGCUUGGACAUUGUCGGGAUCCUAUUCCAAAGACUGAUGAGGAUAAAUGCGAGGCGGAUCCCCGGACUUUGGAAUUUAUUGAUAGGCUACUGGAUGAAGAAAAGCCAGACCUGAUAAUUCUGAGUGGCGAUCAGGUAAACGGUGAUACCGCGCCGGAUACUGAAACAGCAAUUUACAAAUUUGCUGAUCUAUUCAUCAAACAUAAAAUCCCUUAUGCUGCUAUUUUUGGAAAUCAUGACGAUGAAGGAAACCUGGAUCGCCGCACACAGAUGGACCUUAUGCAACGUCUGCCUUAUAGCCUUUCUAAGCCGGGACCUGAAGAAGUAGACGGCGUUGGCAACUAUAUCGUGGAAGUCCUCGGAAAAGGGUCGUCUUCUGCAUCAGCCUUGACACUUUAUCUCGUGGAUACCCAUAAAUAUACCCCAGAUGAGAGAAAGUACCCGGGAUACGAUUGGCUGAAGCCAAGUCAGAUAAAGUGGUUCAAGUCAACCGCCGAGGGACUUCGAACUGCGCAUAAAAAAUACACGCACAUCCACAUGAACUUGGCAUUCAUUCAUAUACCAUUGCCGGAAUAUCGAAAUACUGCCAAUUUCUUUACCGGAAACUGGACUGAGCCGCCAACUGCGCCUACUUAUAAUUCUGGCUUUAAAGACGCAUUAGUAGAGGAGAAUGUGGUACUUGUCAGCUGUGGACAUGACCAUGUAAAUGACUAUUGUAUGCUUGAGAAGGAUAAAAAUGGAAAACCAGCAUUAUGGAUGUGCUACGGUGGUGGUGCUGGUUUUGGCGGAUAUGGCGGAUACAAUGAUUAUAUUCGUCGCAUCAGGUUCUUCGAUAUUGAUAUGAAUGAAGCCAGGAUCAUGUCAUACAAGCGGCUUGAAUGGGGGAACACCAAAGAACGAAUCGAUGAAGCUAUGCUAGUCGAUGCUGGCAGAGCGGUAGGACCAGCCAACUAA